GAGCUGCCAGAGCAUGACCAGUCUGUUCAGCAGUACCGUGUCUCCUGUUAAGGAUGGAACAUCAUCUCUCCCAAGGAGGCAGACUUCCUUCGCCAAACCCCCACUCCGUGCGCUCUACGACUUAUUGAUAGGACCUAUGGAGGGAGGUCUGAUGCAUUCCAGCGGGCCUGUCGGCCGCCACCGCCAGCUGAUACUGGUUCUGGAGGGAGAAUUGUACCUCAUUCCUUUUGCUCUCCUGAAGGGCAGUUCCUCCAAUGAGUACCUCUAUGAGCGCUUCAGCCUCAUUGCAGUCCCGUCCAUCCAGUCGCUGAAUCCCAGCUCCAAGUCUCAUGUGAGGAAGAGUACUCCUGCUUACUCCAGUUCUACCUCAAUGGCAGCCGUCAUAGGAAAUCCCAAGCUCCCUUCAGCAGUUAUGGACCGGUGGCUCUGGGGACCUAUGCCCUCUGCAGAGGAGGAAGCAUAUAUGGUGUCUGAGUUACUUGGCUGCCAGCCCUUAGUUGGCAGUGCAGCAACGAAAGAGAGGGUCAUGAGUGCCCUCACUCAGGCAGAAUGUGUCCAUUUUGCAACCCACGUCUCCUGGAAACUGGCUGCUUUGGUCCUGACACCCAACACUGACAGCAACCCAGCCAGCAGCAAGAGUUCCUUUGGGAACCCCUACACAAUCCCAGAAUCCCUUCGGAUGCAGGAUGAUGCCAGUGAUGUGGAGAGCAUCUCGGACUGCCCUCCUCUUCAGGAGUUUCUGCUUACAGCAGCUGAUGUCCUGGACCUGCGGCUUCCUGUCAAAUUAGUGAUUCUUGGCUCUUACCAGGAAUCCAACAGCAAAGUCACCGCUGAUGGAGUCAUUGGCCUGACAAGAGCGUUCCUGGCUGCUGGGGCCCAGUGUGUCCUCGUGUCGCUGUGGCCUGUUCCUGUGGCUGCUUCCAAAAUGUUUGUGCAUGCCUUCUAUUCCUCCCUCUUAAAUGGGAUGAAAGCCAGCGCAGCCCUUGGAGAAGCGAUGAAAACUGUGCAGAGCAGCAAGCAGUUCUCCCAUCCCUCCAACUGGGCAGGCUUUAUGCUUAUUGGGAGUGACAUGAAGCUGAACAGCCCUUCUUCACUAGUGGGACAGGCCCUGACUGAGAUUCUGCAGCACCCUGAAAGGGCACGAGAUGCUCUUCGUGUCCUGCUACAUCUGGUGGAGAAAUCAUUGCAGCGAAUCCAGAAUGGGCAGCACAACUCCAUGUAUACCUCCCAACAAAGUGUGGAGAAUAAAGUUGGUGGCAUUCCAGGCUGGCAGGCGCUGCUCACUGCGGUUGGAUUCCGCUUGGACCCUCCAGCCAGCGGCCUCCCGGCAGCCGUGUUCUUCCCCACUGCUGACCCCGGGGACCGGCUGCAGCAGUGCAGCACCACCAUCCAGUCCCUCCUAGGUUUGCCUAACUCUGCACUUCAGGCACUUUGUAAACUUAUCACAGCUUCAGAAACAGGAGAACAGCUGAUCAACAGGGCUGUUAAAAAUAUGGUGGGAAUGCUGCAUCAAGUCCUGGUUCAACUUCAGGCAGGCGAGAAGGAGCAAGAUUUCUCCUCUGCACCAAUCCAGGUCUCGAUCAGUGUCCAACUCUGGAGGCUACCUGGCUGUCAUGAGUUUCUGGCAGCUCUAGGUUUUGACCUUUGUGAAGUUGGCCAGGAGGAGGUGAUUCUGAAAACUGGGAAACAAGCAAACAGGAGGACCAUGCACUUUGCUCUACAAUCCUUGCUGGCACUUUUUGAUUCUACAGAGCUGCCUAAGCGCCUUAGCCUGGACAGUUCCUCAUCGCUAGAGUCACUGGCUUCUGCUCAGUCUGUUUCCAACCCUGCACCCCAGUAUCAGAACCCUCCAUUCUCUCCUACUUGCCCAGACAGCAUCGCCUCAGAUGCCAUCUCCGUGUAUAGCCUGAGCUCCAUUGCUUCUUCCAUGAGCUUUGUUUCUAAGCCAGAGGGUUUGCCAGAUGGUGCGGGACACAGAGGACGCCAAGACUAUGAGAGGCCAAAGAACAUCUAUCCCCACAGGUCUGCAGCACAGAGCCAGUUGUCGCCGCAAACCAGCACGGUGGCCAGCAAAGAUGAGGAAGAGUAUGAAGGUUUUUCUAUAAUCAGCAAUGAGCCUUUGGCCAGUUACCAAGAAAAUGUAAAACCAAGGUUUUCCCCUGAUCACAAACAGUCCAAAACUGGUCAGACUGGAGGCAUUAAAGAGUCUGUCAACUCCAAGGGGAGUGUAAGUACCCCAAAUUCUCCUGUUAAAAUGACUCUUAUUCCCAGUCCAAAUUCACCUUUCCAGAAAGUUGGGAAACUUGCAAGUUCUGAUACUGGGGAAUCUGACCAGUCUAGCACUGAGACUGACAGCACUGUCAAGUCCCAGGAGGACGCUAAUCCAAAGCUUGAUCCGCAGGAGUUGGCCCAAAAAAUUCUGGAGGAAACACAGAGUCACCUCAUUGCUGUUGAACGUCUCCAGAGAAGCAGCAGCCAAGUAAGCAAGAGCAACACCUCAGAUGAUGGGGCUUCCACCCCUGCAGGUGUGUCUGCGUUCAGAUCUUCAGAGACCAGUGCAUUCAGUCGGCCAGUCAGCUCCAGUCAGAAGAGUCAAUCUUCACCUCUUACAAUUAAACCAAAGCCUCCAACCAGGAGUUCAUCCCUUCAGAAAGUCAGUUCCGGCUAUAAUAGCCCCACGACAUCGGAGAUGUCAAACAAGGAAGGCACAGGCCAGUGCAGUGGGCAGCCCUCUCCGAGCUGUGAUUCACAUGGGUCAUUAACUGAGCAGCCUCACUUCAAACUCAAGUACCCCAGCUCUCCCUACAGUGCUCAUAUUUCUAAAUCACCCAGAAAUAUUUCUCCAAGCUCAGGACAUCAGUCUCCUGGUGGCAGCACUCCAUCUCCUGCGCUUUCUUACUCCUCAGCUGGUUCUGCUCGCUCAAGUCCAGCCGGUGCCCCAGACAUAGACAAAUUAAAAAUGGCUGCCAUCGAUGAAAAAGUGCAAGCAAUUCACAACUUAAAGAUGUUUUGGCAGAGCACUCCCCAUCACUCCACUGGCCCAAUAAAGAUUCUCCGAGGAGCUCCUGGAACAAUGACUUCUAAGAAAGAUGUCCUCAGCUUGCUCAAUUUGUCUCCACGGCACAGCAAAGAAGAAAGUGCAGAUAAGCUGGAACUAAAGGACCUGUCUGUUGAGCAGCACCUUGCUUCUCCACAAAAAAACCCUCCAAAUGGACACAGGCGCCCUGAAACCACAAAUGCAGUGACAUCCACUCACUCUCUGCCUUCCAGUAGCGCCCCAGGAACCACACGCCCCUUGAGGCUGCCGUCCGGGAACGGUUAUAAAUUUUUGUCACCAGGAAGAUUUUUUCCGUCCUCCAAAUGUUGA